AUGACGCGUGCGGCCCAAGCUUCCACGACCUCCCCAGCCGUCCUGGCCCAGCCGCCUCGCAACGCAGCAAGCGAUUCAGCGGAUCCCCGAGCUCCCCAAGUCCAGCUGCUCGAGUCUCCCGUCUCCUCUCUAUCUCUCUCUAUACCCACCGCCAUGUCUACGGCUACCCGCAAGCGCAAGCAGGAGGCCGAGGAGGAGGAGGAGGAGCUCCAGGAGCUUCCGGAGGACGAUGAUGAAGAGGAAGAGGAGUACGAAGAAGACGACUAUGAUGACGAAGACGCCGAGGAUGACGACGAAGAGGAUGAGGAAGAGGAAGAUGCUGCUCCGCCUCCCAAGGCCAAGAAACGACGAACUGAAGAGCCAGCGCCCGCCGGUGACGACGAAGAAGAUGUCGAAGGCGAGGACGACGACGACGAUGCCGCAAACGGAGAGGACGACGAAGCUCCAGCUAAAGAUGGCGAGGACGACGAGGGCGCUGACGAGACAGCCAAGUCCGGUGCCCCAGCCGCUGCUGCAAAGAAGGAGGUAGCUGGCGCCGUCCCGGCCGAGGAUGAUCUCGAAGAGGUCGACGGUGCGGAAGAGGAAGACGAGGAAUAA